CUCUUUUUUCAUUUCCUUUCAUUUUUGUGAUGUUUCUAUAAGCUUGUAUAUAAUAUUGAAACAAGGAAUGAAGUCACCAAGACACAUUUAGCUGUUAAACAAUAUUGUGGCACACUGCAGUGCAAAGACAAACAAUAAUGGUCCAUCCUCAUGAAGCUGUACUCAUGGCUAUUCAUUGUACUAUUUCAUAUAAGUUUCAAAUCGGUGUCAAAUCAGAACACCACAUAAUAUAAAAGGAUCGAUUACGCAACCAGUACACAACUACAGUAACUCAAAAGAAUAGCAAAGGGAGGUUGGAACAGUUGUGUACUGGGUGUGCAAUGUCUGAGUGAUAAAUAUGGUUUAGUGGCAUAUGUGUAUAAAAAGGACAUUUUUUUUUUAUAUUUCAGUCUUGCACUUAACUGCAAGUGCUUCUGACUGCAACAGGAAUAUUGCGCUUUGCAUUUUUUGAAUAGUUGGAGCUUGCUUCUCUUCUUCCCUAGAAACUGAUGCAGCGUAUUCAGAACCCAGAGCACUCCACAACCAUGGAUGUGGCUCCCGUCAUUCUAGCGGCUCAUCGCAAUAACUAUGAAAUCCUCACCAUGCUACUGAAGUAGGACAUCUCGUUGCCUUGGCCCCACGCUGUGGGGUGUGAUUGCACCCUGUGCAAUGCCAAAAAUAAAAAGGACAGUCUUCGCCACUCCCGGAAUGGUGUGGUCGGAUGUUAAAAGGCUGUGGUAUGAGGGGCUGGAAGACUUUUUGGAAGAAUCGCGUAAUCAGCUCAGCUUUGUCAUGAACUCCCUCUAUUUGGCAACUUUUGCCCUCAAAGUUGUGGCUCACAACAAGUUUCCAGACAAUGCAGACAGGAAGGACUGGGAUGCAUUUCAUCCAACUUUGAUUGCUGAGGGACUGUUUGCCUUUGCCAGUGUGCUCAGCUACCUUCGCCUCUUCUUCAUGUACACAACCAGCUCUAUCCUGGGACCCUUGCAGAACCAUGAGGACAAGGAGUGGAAGUUUGCCGGAGCUAAGCUCUGGCUUAGCUACUUUGAUGACAAGUGCACCCUGCCUCCCCCCCCCCCCCGAAGACCAUCUGCUACAUUGUCACUAGCCUCAGUAAAUGGAUCUGCUCUCACACCACAACAGGCAAGGUCAAAAGACAGAACAGCCUCAAUGAGUGGAGAAACGGGAUGAAAACUACCAGAAGGUCAUGUGCUAUCUAGUUCACCGCUACCUGACUUCUACAAGGCAGAAGAUGCAGAGCACUGACCAGCCUACUGUGGAGAACCUCAGUGAGCCUCGACAGGACCUCUCCAAGUUCCGCAACGAGAUGAGAGACCUCCUGGGAUUCCGUGCCUCCAAGUACGCCAUGUUUUACCCCAGAAAUUAAACAAAUCUUCUUCCCGCCUGCAGAGACAUCAAGCGAGAAUUCCUGAACACAAAAACUCCACAUUCUGGAACGAAGUGGAAAAUCACCUUUUUCAAAUAAAAUUUGAAGGAAAAAAAAAAAAAACCUCCCGGAAUGUUCUGGAAUGUCUUUCAUAUUAAACAAAAACAACAUCUAAAACACUUGUGUAAUACAUUAACAUGGUAUUUUACAUUUUUUAAAAUUACAAUUUUUUUCAGCGAAAAGACUGAAUAAAGAUUGCAAUAAAAAACAUUGACCUUGAAUUUUUCUGACAGAAAAUUAGGCCUGACUAUUCUCUGCCUGAUGGUGAAACCAGUUACAAUACCAAAUUC